AUGACCGCCGCCAUCCAACUGAUUUUGGGUUCGUUGCUGCUCAACUCGGCCACAGCGAUAUUUCCGAUCCUGCGCGAGUACUACGCGUCCGGCGAUCAAACACAACCCGGUGUACCAAAAUGGAGUUCAAGUUAUUCUGUAGAAGGUGACAUAUUUAUUCCAUUUGCUGAAGUCCAUGAACCGUUCAGUGCUUGGUAUGAUUCCGACUCUAGCAACAGUCGCAUUGACUAUUAUCAUGGAAUGGCAAAAACAUAUCAACUUUCCAAUAGAGGCUCUUUUGGUUCAUCUCUUAAAAUUGUUCCUGUUACUACCGAAACAGAAACAAACACUUUAAAAUGUUUAGAAGUGAAUGGAACUGAUGAAUUUCAAAUUUCACCUCAAUCAACUCUUCCAGACUUAAGCGAUUUUAAGUUAGUCAGUGAAAGUUUAGAAAAUGGUAUUGUAGUCGAAAAAUGGGUUUAUGUCAAAAGAGUGGAAAAAACAGUUGGAAAAUAUAUAAUGUGGUUGUAUAGAAAAGAUGAUAUUGCUUAUCCAAUGAGGUUUCAAAUGAAUGGAUUUAAUUCAGUAUUUCUAUCACAUUUUGAUGACUACAUUAUCGUUUACAAACAUUUUACACCAGUAAAGCCUAAUCCAAGUAUUUUCAACGUUGAAGAAUUAAAAUGUGAAUCUUUCCCUGGACCUGGCGUAAACCAUAUUUAUGAUUUUAAUCCUAUGAUGGAGUUCAUAAAUAACUACGGAGAAUAUAUAGAUUCCACAUUUGAAGAAUUUAAACGUAAACAUAACAAAAAAUACCCUAAUAAUACAAUUGAACAUUUUGACCGAAAAAAUAAUUUCCGUCAAAACUUAAGAUACAUUCGUUCAAAAAAUCGAGCUAAUGUUGGCUAUACACUCGCUGUUAACCAUCUGGCUGACUAUUCCAGCACAGAACUUAAAUCAAUGUUAGGUUAUAGAAAAUUAAGUGAUGACGAAUAUAAUGGUGGAAAACCUUUUCCUUACAAUAAGACUGAUUUUCAAAACUUACCAUCAGAAAUUGAUUGGAGGAUUGCUGGUGCUGUAACAGCUGUUAAAGAUCAAUCAAUUUGUGGUUCUUGUUGGAGUUUUGGUACUACUGGUACCAUCGAAGGAGCAUAUUUCAUGAAACACCGUGAACGUAAAAGUUUUUCUGAACAGGCUUUGGUAGACUGCAGUUGGGGUUUUGGCAAUAAUGGAUGUGAUGGCGGAGAAGAUUUCCGUGCUUAUUCUUGGAUUGAGAAGCAUGGCUUACCAACUGAAGAAGAGUACGGUCCAUACCUUUCUCAGGAUGGUUUCUGUCAUAUAGCUAACAUAUCAAAUGGGGAUCUUACAAAAAUUACUAGUUUUGUGAAUGUAACGACUUAUGAUGAAGAAGCAUUAAAAAUUGCUUUAGUCAAUGAAGGUCCUAUUUCUAUUGCCAUUUAUGCUUCACUAAAAACAUUUUCCUUCUACUCAAAUGGUGUUUACUACGAUAAAGAUUGCCGUAAUAGUCCAUUGGAGUUGAAUCAUGCUGUGUUAUUGGUGGGCUAUGGUACAUUAGAUGGCCAUCCAUACUGGCUGGUGAAAAACUCAUGGUCAACUCACUGGGGUAAUGCUGGUUACAUCCUUAUAUCUCGUAAGGAUAACAAUUGCGGUGUUCUCAGUAGUCCAACAUAUGUUAUUUUGUAG